AUAAUCAGGUGGGAAGUACGAAGGAAGAACACGAAUGUCAGCUUCCAUGUGAACGUGACUGAAAUCCCCCAAUUUAUCAUCCUUACAUACGACUUUAUGCCUGAAUAUAUGUCCUAGUGUGUCUUUAUUCUAAGAAGGCGGUAUCAGGUCAGAUGUACUCUUGAAAUUGCUUGAUGUCUGCUACAUAAACAACCAACACCAAUAAAACGUACAAAAAGCAUAUCACAUCCAUCAGUCAGAAGGAUGGUAUCCAUUGGGAAAUGUCUGACGAAAGUGAACAUGUUCAUUCAGGUCAACUCUGCACGGUCAUCCCAUCUGAUGGCGUCAGCUGCAGGACCGUUAACAUUGAGAGGAACGGUAUCCAGUGUGCUCAAGUCCUCCUUCUCGUGGUGCAGAAAUGUGGUGGCAAAGCAACAUUCUCAUAGGCUUUCCUCUCCAGCGGCGUAUCCAACGGUUACAGCGGUGUCUGCAUGCAGUGUUGAUAGUACCGUGAGAUUCCAGUCGACAGAUUCCAAAACAAAGAUGGUAAAGUCAUAUGAACCCCCAUCUCCCUAUAAGAAACCCGGGCCACGGAGGUAUGGAUACGAGACCAAGAUCAUCACUGGAGGUACCUUGCCGAGAGUAGAACACUCAAGACAUAAUCUGCCUUUUCCUAUUUAUGAACCAAAAGACUUCUGGACAAGAAAGAAGGCGUUGUUUGGUCAGAAUGAUUAUAUAGAUAUCCUAGGCGACGGAGACAUUCAUCCUGCCGACCUUAUUGCAGGACCUGCCUGGCUGAUUGGUUUCCGUGGCAACGAGCUGCAGAGACUGGUGCGCAGGAUGCAUUUCCAGGGCCACAAGAUGAAGUGGAUGUACCCGACGAAGUAUCACCAGAUGAGAAAACGAAUCUGGUUCUUGUACAAAAAAUACAACCAGAAGCGCCCACGUGGAAUGGGAGCGUAACUCUGCCAUCUUAAAGGCACAUACCCAAGUUUCAGAACAUGAAAAUGGACACUAAAACUGGCGUAGGAUGUGGAGAAGGAGCAAGAGGGGGCCAUGCGCCACUUUUCUUGAUGCUGCUAUGGUUUUAUAUAUAUAUAUACAGUGAAACCUCUCAAAAUCGGACCCUCUAUAAACCGGAAUUCCCUCAGAACCGGACAUUUUUCGCAGCCCCUUUUUUAAAUAUCUGUACAGAAGAGAACCUCUCUAAACUGGACUUUUUACUUGGUCCUGAGGGUGUCCGGUUUAGAAGUUUCACUGUAUUUAUAUUUAUAUAUAUAUAUAUGUGUGCCACCUCCAUACACACUCUUUUUGUUUUGGCACCUUCCUACACCACUGACUAAGUUUAGUUAACCUGCAACACCCAUUUAGAUACGGUUAUAACAGAGAGAAGCUAAUGUCUGUGGUGUUUAAACAGGGAAAUAUCAUCUAAAAAUAACGUUUGUCUCAAUAAGCAUUACAUCUUAGAUGAAUAUGCAUUGUUAGAAUUUUGGAAAAAUGUAUUUUUGGCUAUUGCAAAAACCUGAAUGACCAAAACCACUUCAGGUGUAUGAAAACUGAUAUUCUAAAUUAUAAAAUGUAAUUACUUCUAAUUUAAAUUAGCAAAACAGCUUUAAUAGUGAAAAAAUAUGUUGUAGUGUUUAAAAACUAGGGUCUGUUACUUUAACUGUUUAUGUGCUUGUUUUUCAGUUGUGAUUUCACUGCAUUCACACAGAGACAUAGAAAUUUGUUUGUUUUAUGGAUAUAAAAUAGAUAAAUAUAUUUACAGGGAUGUGAAAGCUACCCGGAAACGCUUAAAUGCGCUUUUCCAUUUUGUCUAAAAAAAAACCUAAAAAACCCCAUGAUGAUCAAUACCACUGACCACACAAGGUUCAUUUGCAUGUUUUCAUGGUUUCAAGUUUAUGAUGUGUACCUUAUAUUAUAAGUUAUAACCAGUUUAGAUUUGUUAACAUUGAAUACAAUUUUUGGCAGUUCCAGGGGUUGCAAACAACAAUUUUCCUUCAGGGGUCCUUGAGCAGCCCCUGGACCCCGGCCACAGUAAGCUUUUUUGUUCCAGCCCCUCUCACAUCCCUGUAUUUAUUUGUUUGCAAUGAGCACUUCAUAGAUCUAUUCUCUGAGAGGAAUGUUUCUAUCACAUGCCCCAUGAUUUGUGGAUCAGAGGUUAUGGUGUGUGCUGUCCUUUCCGUGGUAAAAGAUACCUUGCUGUUUAUGGAAUAAAUGUUAAAAGUUUGUUUUGUUUAGCAACUCUACUAGAGCACAUUGAUUUAUUAAUCAUCAGCUAUUGGAUGUCA